GUGUCUGAGGGGAGGAGUCACACAUACACUGAUAGGCAGGAGACGCUUCGCGGGCGGAGCUCUUUGGGCUGUUGGCGGCCACCAUAGAACAGGCUCCGCUCGCUGUCUGAGCAGGGAGGCCGGGCCGGGCUGGGUCAGGAGUCGCGGUAGGGAAGGUACCGGAGCCGAGUCCAGAAAAUGAAGCUAAAGGAAAUUGAGCGAACAGCUGUUCAGGUGUGGAGUCCAGCAAGCAAUCACCCCAUCUACCUAGCAACAGGAACAUCUGCUCAGCAGCUGGAUGCCUCCUUCAGUACAAAUGCCACCCUGGAAAUCUUUGAAAUUGACUUCAGGGACCCUUCCCUGGACAUGAAGUGCAGAGGAAUCCUUCCUGCUUCCAACAGGUUUCACAAGCUGAUCUGGGGCAGCUUUGGAAACGGGCCGUCUGAUUCCUCCGGGGUGAUUGCUGGUGGAGGGGAUAACGGAGUGCUAACGCUGUUCAGUGCAACCCAGAUUCUGAUGUCAGGGUCAGAGUCUGUGAUCGGACGGCGGGAGAAGCACACUGGCCCCGUUCGAGCGCUUGACUUUAAUCCUUUCCAGUGUAACCUCCUGGCCUCUGGGGCCAACAAUUCUGAAAUUUACAUCUGGGACUUGAAUAACUUCAGUGUGCCAAUGACGCCAGGGGCUAAAUCUCAGCCUCAGGAAGACAUCAGCGCGGUGUCCUGGAAUCGUCAGGUGCAGCACAUCCUGUCCUCCGCUCACCCCAGUGGGAAGGCCGUCGUGUGGGACCUCAGGAAAAACGAGCCCAUCAUCAAAAUCAGCGACCACAGCAACAGAAUGCAUUGCUCGGGAAUGGCCUGGCACCCAGAAGUUGCUACCCAGCUGGUCCUUUCCUCUGAGGACGACCGCAUGCCGGUGAUCCAGAUAUGGGACCUACGCUUUGCCACCUCUCCUUUGAGCCAGCUGGAGGGGCACACGAGGGGAGUCCUGUCUAUCUCUUGGUGCCAGGCUGACCCUGAGCUCCUUCUCAGUAGUGCCAAAGACAACCGGAUCUUGUGCUGGAACCCCUGCAUUGGUGAGGUGAUUUAUGAGCUGCCCACUCAGAGCCAGUGGUGCUUUGAUGUCCAGUGGUGCCCUCGGAAUCCAUCAGUCUUCUCCGCUGCCUCUUUCGAUGGGUGGAUCAACAUUUAUUCUGUUAUGGGUGGGAGCCUAGCAGCUCAGCAGAAGACUCAGGCUGACAAGAUCUCCUCCUCCUUUAACAACCUGGACCCCUUCGGCACGGGACAGACCCUUCCUCCUCUUCAGGUGCCAGAGCAGGUGGCUCAAACCACCUUGAUCCCUCCACUGAAAAAGCCCCCCAAGUGGAUUCGCAGGCCAGUGGGGGUCUCGUUUGCAUUUGGGGGGAAAUUAAUCACUUUUGGCCUCACCAAGGCCCCAGCACAACAAAUGCAGCAGAUUGCCCCGCGCCAGGUGUUCAUCAGCCAAGUCGUUACUGAGACAGAGUUCCUGGCCCGAUCCAGAGAGCUGCAGAUGGCCCUGCAGUCGGGAAACCUCCUGGACUAUUGCCAGAGCAAGAUCCAGGCAGCCCAGCUGCAGUUUGAAGAGAACCUCUGGAACUUCCUGAAGGUGAACAUGGAGCCAGAAUCCAGGACUAAACUCCUGAAGCUGCUGGGCUAUAGUAAAGAGGAGCUGCAGAAGAAGAUCACGUCCUGUUUGGGGAACGGUAUCCCAGAGAAGCAGCACUUUCCUGAGGCAGAUGGCUUGGCUCAGGCUGCACAGCCGCCUCCUCAGGGCUCAAGACACUCCAUGACCGAAGUGGGUACUGCUUCCUCCUCGUCAGGGUUCUUUGACCACCUCGUCCCUCAGGACAUGAGCACAUUGGAGAUCCCGGUCACAGCAGACACAGAUGGGUUGAUCAGCCAGGCGCUCCUGGUGGGGAACUUUGCCGGCGCUGUGGAGCUGUGCAUGAGGACUGACCGUUUUGCUGAUGCCAUCAUACUGGCUAUCGCCGGGGGGGAGACGCUCCUGCGGGAGACCCAGAUGCAGUACUUUGCCAAACGGAAAACAAAGAUUUCUCAGCUUCUUUCCUCCAUCGUGCAGCAGAACUGGCGAGAUGUAAUCUGCACAUGUGACCUGCAGAGCUGGAAGGAGGCACUGGCCAUCUUGUUAACGUACUCCAAGCAGGAGGAAUAUGCCCAGCUCUGUGAUAUGCUGGGGGCCCGUCUGGAGUCAGAAGGCAAGGGGGUGCUGUCCAGUGAAGCUUGCCUAUGUUACGUCUCAUCCGGCAAUGUGGAGAGGUUGGCAAAAUGCUGGGUAAAAAACCAUGAGACCUCAUCGCCCCUAGCUCUGCAGGACCUGGUGGAGAAAGUGAUGGUGCUGAGCAGGUCCAUUGAGAUGCUCCGAGGCUCCGCGGGGCCAGCUUUGGGCCCUGUCUUGGCAGAGCGGGUCACCCAAUAUGCCAGCCUCUUGGCAUCGCAAGGGUGUUUGGCGGCGGCAAUGAGCUAUCUACCCCGCAGCUCUGAUGAGCUCCUGAUCCAGCAGCUCCGAGACCGUCUCUUCCAUGCUCAAGGGGAGAGCGUGGGCGAUCAGCAGCCGCCUCCUUUCCCCUAUGCUCGUGUGCACGUCGGGCUAGUUAGCCACCCAUUGCCAGCAGCCAAGAACAGCUCUGCUCCAGAAGGGUCAGCCCGCAGACCGGGUUCCAGGCAUCCAGAGAAGCUCAUGUACCAGCCAUCCUUCACCCCGCCGGUGUCGGUUCAGUCUUCAGUGCCUUCACUCUUCACACCUCAGCCGGUGCCAGCGGUGCCCAUGGUUCCUCCCCGGGCCGCGCCUCCCCAGGCCAGCACUGCCCCCCCCACCAGUAUGUACUCCAGAGCAGGAGGCCGGCCCCCUUACUGCCAGUACACCGCUGGCUUGGCACCAGCUACAGUUCCAGGGCCAGCAUUGUCCCAGCCUCCGCCAUUCAGCCUGCCAGGAGCCAGACUCACUGGACCAGCUGCCUUUCCCAAUCAGCCUCCUAUUUCAGGACAGCCUGGGCCCAUUGCACCCCCUGGCGUUCCACCACCAGGAUCAACCUUCUUCCCUCCAGGCUCCGUCCCUGCACAGCAUCCUGCAGCCUGUCCUCUCCCCACAGCGGGGCAGCCCCCUAUGCUUUUCCCUUCAGCUCCUUUCAGCUGCCCCCUAGGUGUGGGCUACCCUCAGGGGGGCCCUGGAGCUCCUAGCAUCCCUCCCCCUCCCACCGGUCAGGAAUCUUGGCACGAUCCCUCUGCUCUCAGGGGAGGCCUUCAGAAAAAAAAGUUGUCAGAGAAGUUCACCCCUCCAGCUCCAAUCACAGCUCCAGUAAUGAGCCUCCCUACAGAGCCGCGGGCCCUGCUGCCUCAGAUUCCCAGAUCCCAGGAACCUGGCCAGGCACCCCCGGGAGCACCCAAAGAAAGCAGCAUGCAGUUUCCCCAGCUGCCCACAGAGAGAAUCGAGAGAAAGGAGCUGCCCCCGGAGCACCAGGGGCUGAAGACCACCUUCGAAGGGCUGGUGCAGCGCUGCAGUGCCAUCGCCACCGACCCCAAAACCAAAAGGAAACUAGAGGACGCGGCGCAGCGGUUGGAGUGUUUGUACGAGAAGCUCCGGGAGCAGGCUCUCUCCCCUCACAUCCUGAUGGGGCUGCAUGAGAUCGCUCGCUGCAUGGAGGCCCGCAGCUACCAGCAAGGCCUGCUGGUCCACACCCAGGUGGUGGGCAGCAGCAGCUUCAGUGAGGUGUCUGGCUUCAUGCCCAUCCUGAAAGUCCUCAUGACCAUCGCCAGCAAGCUGAAUGUCUAGCGCCUGGUGCGGAGGCGGGGGGCACGGUCGCUGUGGAGACCGAGCGGGCUGGCAAAUCCGAGCGCGGGGCUGCAGACUCCCUCCAGCUCCCGAGCAGCGUGUGGGAGCCAGGCCGUCCCCGUCCCCCUGCAGAGACCCCACCGGGGACUGACUCUCUCCUUCCCGUGGCUUGUCAGUGUUAGUACUGCCAGCUAGGUUGCACUGAGAUCCUCCCAGACCAGCUGUGUGUCUUCUCCACCCUGGCCCCAUACAGAGAUGAGAGGAGACUCACUCCUGGCAGCCCCUUCAGCCGCUUUUCAAACUGAGGCUGUCCAGCGUGGCAGGCACCUGCACAAGGGCAAAGCAAGGGGCCUGCUGGGCUACCCCUGUGCCCCCCCUCUGGGGAUGGGGAGACCACCUGGCUACAGCAGAGCCUCGCUGUGAGCUGAACUCUCCAUGAUGCACACAGCCAUAGGGACCUUCCUUCAGCCUCACCCCCUCGGCCCUCUCCCUGCCCCCUUGCCCUCUAGGCCGACGGUUCAGCAGGGGUGCGUGCUGGCCUCUGCUCUGCACCUGCCUUCUCCUUGGCACCCUGCACCCGGCUCCCUUUUCCGUCCCCCUUCCCCACUGCGCCCCUUGAGCGCCUCUCCCCACACCCAAACCCUUCUGCGUCCUGGCCCCUGUGUUCUCUGGCUCCCCUACUCCUCAUGGGGAGCGCUGGGCUUCUCUCUAGGCUACCUCGCAACAUGCAGCAUUUGUUCUGAAAGCUGCACGGACUGGCCCCCAGCCUCACGAGCACCUGUCCUGCUGCCAGCCAGUAUUGUGUGAAAGCCCCUAGGCUUGGAUUUCAGAGCUGGCUAGGGGAUUUCGACACAUGGGAGAUGUGCCAAUCCCCUAGCCGGCUCUGAACACUUCACCCUUCAUGGGGAGGGCCCCAAAGCUUGGGGGCACAGUGGAUCCCUCCCAUCCAAGUCUGGGACAUAUCCCCUUCAUCCUGCAAGGCCCAUUGGCACAGCAAAGGGAGGGCACUUGCUGUGGGAAAUGGUGCUGUCGGAGCUGGAGGCCGUGCUGAGCCCUGGCUUGGCAUUCAGCUGGUGUUGGCUCUAGUGAACCGGAGCGGUGAUGGGGCCAUGGGGUUGGCGCUUGGAGGGCGGAAGGUAUUUAAGGGCAUAUGUAGCUCUCGUGCUGCCCAGCCCCCUGCUGGUGACGCCCUCCCCUUGCCCUGUGACGUUCCAUGCUGUUUGACACCCCUGCUAUCCAGCACAGGGGCAGCCUCUCCCUCCUGCCUGUUGGAUCCAGAGCACCCCCUGCUCUGCUGGGACCCUCAGGAGGGGGGGUGUCUCUCCCUCGCUCUGUCAGCACAAAGUGCCUCAAUAAAGCUGCUUUUUGUGAAAUUGGCAUCUCGUU